CAGUCUCCAUCUGCCCCCAGCCCAUCUGGUUUGGCCAGACCGGCAUGUCCCCUCGGAACCUGGUCCUGCCUGGACCAGCCUCCACCAGAGAAGGGCCUGGACACUGGGUGUUCAUAAGAAUGGAAGCACUGUUUUCUUGCCACACUCCUUAUUGUUCUAUCUCCUGAACCUUCAGAGCCUUGGGGAAGAGCCUGUGUUUAAUGAUGACAAGCUUGUCACCAGUAUAGCAUCCAGUCUGAGUCUAAAAACAAGUUAAAGACAAACUUAGAGUCCACAUAGUCACUUCAAUCAACCACUUCGUGCCACUGUUUUCCCAAGAUGAAUCGAUACACAACUAUGAGGCAGCUGGGGGAUGGCACUUAUGGGAGUGUGCUGAUGGGCAAGAGCAACGAGUCCGGGGAGCUGGUGGCCAUCAAGAGGAUGAAGAGAAAAUUCUACUCUUGGGACGAAUGCAUGAACUUGAGAGAAGUUAAGUCUCUGAAAAAACUUAAUCAUGCCAACGUGAUUAAACUGAAAGAAGUUAUCAGAGAAAAUGACCAUCUAUAUUUUAUAUUUGAAUAUAUGAAAGAAAACCUCUAUCAAUUAAUGAAAGACAGAAACAAAUUGUUCCCUGAGUCAGUCAUCAGGAAUAUUAUGUAUCAAAUAUUGCAAGGGCUGGCAUUUAUCCAUAAACAUGGUUUUUUCCAUAGGGAUAUGAAACCAGAAAACUUGCUUUGCAUGGGUCCAGAACUUGUGAAAAUCGCUGACUUUGGACUAGCAAGAGAACUGAGAUCACAGCCACCAUAUACCGAUUAUGUAUCUACUCGGUGGUAUCGCGCUCCUGAAGUUUUAUUAAGAUCUUCAGUUUAUAGCUCUCCCAUUGAUGUGUGGGCUGUUGGGAGUAUUAUGGCUGAACUAUAUACAUUAAGACCGCUUUUCCCAGGAACAAGUGAAGUUGAUGAAAUCUUUAAGAUUUGCCAAGUUCUAGGGACUCCAAAAAAAAGUGACUGGCCAGAAGGGCAUCAGCUUGCCUCCUCAAUGAACUUCCGCUUUCCCCAGUGUGUUCCUAUAAACUUGAAAACACUCAUCCCCAAUGCCAGUAAUGAAGCCAUUCAGCUAAUGACAGAAAUGUUAAGUUGGGAUCCCAAAAAACGACCAACAGCAAGCCAGGCAUUGAAACACUCCUAUUUUCAAGUUGGUCAAGUAUUAGGUCCGUCGUCCCACCUUCUGGAAACAAAACAGCCUUUAAGUAAGCAGGUGCAACCACCAGAAGCAAAGCCAUGUUUAGUUGAUCUAGAACCUCAGCCCCUGCCAGACAUCAACAAUCAGACUGCUGGACUGCCCCCACCAAAACUCAGCCAGCAGCCACUGCAGUCCAUCCAGCCACCACAGAACACGAGUGUCCAGCAAGCGCCAAAGCAGCCGGCACAACAGAAACUGCCACAAACACUAUUUCCAAGUAUCGUCAAAAACAUGCCAACGAAGCCAACUGGCAACCUGAGUCACAAAACUGCCAGGAGGCGAUGGGGUCAGACUGUAUUCAAGGCUGGAGAUACUUGGGAAGAGUUUGAGGACUACGAUUUUGGAGCCUCCUAUUCCAAGAAGCCAAGCAUAGGUGUUUUCAAAGAAAAAAGGAAAAAGGAUUCUCCCUUUAGGGUUCCAGAGUCAGUCCCUUCUGGUCCCAACCACACAGUGGGGGAAAAUAAGAGCGUACCUGCUGCUAUUUCCCUAAAAUCUGAUCCCGAGAUGCCCGCUGCUCCAACAGCUAAACAGUACUACUUGAAGCAAUCGAGAUACCUUCCAGGUGUGAAUCCCAAGAAUGUAUCUCUGAUAGCCAGUGGAAAGGACAUAAACUCAUACACUUGGAACAAUCAAUUAUUCCCCAAGUCACUGGGACCCAUUGGAGCAGAAUUUGCUUUCAAAAGGAAUAAUGCAGAAGAAAGCAUAAUUAAACCAAUUGAGAAACUGUCAUGCAAUGAAAGUUUUCCUGACAAAUUAGAGGAGCCACAAGGAAACUUUGGGAGUUAUGCUCCUUACAAUCAGUCAGGAUAUAUUCCUUCCUUUCUCAAAAAAGAAGUGGGGUCAGCCGGCCAGAGGAUACACUUGGCACCUCUCAGUACAACAGCUUCAGAAUAUACAUGGAACACGAAAACUGGUCGGGGCAAAUUUCCAGGACCUACUUACAACCCCACAACCAAGAAUCUCAAUAUUGUAACCCGUGCACAAGCUGUGCCCUCUGUACAUGGGAGGACAGAUUGGGUGGCCAAAUACGGAGGCCACCGGUAGGAGUCUGGGGGGAUGUCUGCAGUAGUGCUCUGCAUCCUCAUACAUACUGGCCCUGGGAAGUGUCUAUUUCUACCACAUUCUGGGAAAAAUAUAAGAUAGUGGGUAUUCUGGAGAGCAAAAAUCAUUUCCUAUUUUUCUUUCUUUCCUAGAAAUGAAAUUCAUUUUCUUAGCAUCAUUGCCCACAGUGCUGAUAUAUGGGGUAGGACUUUUACAGAGUAUUAAAUAAACUAUUUGCCAAAGUA